GGUAAAUACUUCUUAAAUAGUGGUGGGUGAGAAUGGUCUUCGGAGAAUAAGAUCCGUGCGAUGACAAAGAGAAGUGGAGUACGAAGAUAGGGCCUGCUUUUCGAAAGUAUCGGACUGUUUUGGUGGACUUCUGUGUGCAAAACCGCUAAAGAAUCGGCUACAUUUAUGCUAUAUGUAUACUUUUCAGAAUUAGGGCCGCUAUGAAUUCCAUCAAUUUCUGCGGGGGCUCCAACAGUGGCAACGGAGUCUAUCCUUUGAACCGCAUCAACUCCGUAUUUUUUGACCUCCACCACCAGAUGGAAGACCAGUACCAUGUUUAUUCAUCUGCCAAUCCCUCGGUUCACACGUUCUCUGUUGCUGAAAGACUUGCAGAGUUAAUACUGGAGGCCCGUUAUGGGAAUCAGCAGAAGCAGCGUCGAAGUCGCACAGCAUUCAGUGUGUCUCAGCUACAGGCUCUAGAGAAAGCCUUCCAGCAGACCCAAUACCCUGAUGUAGGCAUGAGAGAAAGACUGGCUGUCUGCAUCAACCUGCCAGAGGCACGCAUUCAAGUGUGGUUCAAAAACAGAAGAGCAAAGUUUCGUAAGGGUCAGCGAUGCUCCCGACUUCCUAGAGAGCAAAACCUGGAGAAACCAUAUCAAAGCAAGGCAGGAGUGGAAGAGAGCCAUACCAAAGACAAGGACUGCAAAUCACAAAGCAAAAUAGCUCCUCUCAGGGAAGUCUGUGAUGCCCCCACCAUUUCUUUUCCUGGAGACUCCAUUGUAUCUCAGGCCCACUCAAGAUUACAUUCUCCCCCUAUUUUUCCAUUUUUGGGUGGAGAGCAAUACCACCAUCCACACCAUCAGGCUUUAGGGAUGUUGUCAGCUGGCCUACACUUCACCCCUACGUUCUGGCCAAUUCUACAGCAAAACAGCCCAGCGUUAGGAGUUGCUCCACUGGUUGUUAAAAACUGCAGCCUUUCCCUUCAGACUUCAUGCCCCGGUAAAUCUGUACCUUACCCCACCUUGGGUUUAUAACUGUGCUCUCAAAAAUAACUUCUCUGCUGUGUGUCAUGGCAGAACAGGAUUUACUGGAUAAACACCUGGACACUUGUUCAACAUGGAAAGAUUAUUGAUUGUAUACUUGGUUUACGUUUUGAGC